AUGUCACUUGCGAAGUUUGUGAAGCGUCGCUGCAAGGAGCUUCAUUCACGGCUUGAGAUGUCGAGCUCUCCAGCUGAUGUUGGCCCUCCUGAAGCCUCAGAGGUUAAGGAGGAACAGUGCGUUGGAGAGUUAAGGUUCGACUCCGAGAAGGCGGAACGCAAGGCGGAAGAAGCUGUGCAACGUUGGCGUGCCCAACAUUCCGAACUUCACGGACUCUCAGCUGGUUCUGUUUCUGAGGGAGCAUCUGCGCAGCAAACGGCGCCUGCCGAAGUAAAGUCCGGUAGAGAGGAAUGGAUGCUUGUAGCCCCAGCCUAUCUCCGUUGCCUGGCUACACAGGAAGGGCCUGACGCAAGAAGAAUGCAAAUCUUGCAGCAGAAAAAGAAAGAUGACGAGGAAGCUGUGCGGAUCAGUGCGAUCAUGGAAGAGUGGAACAAAGCACGAAGAGUUAAGAGUCUUCGAGAACUUAAGGAGGAAGGUGAAUUUGCAGAGGGCGAAGAAGCAUAUAAGCGCUGGAAACGCAGCAUGGAGGCGGCUCGAAAUGUUUGGGGAAAGCGGGCGGCAGAGCAGGCUGCUGAACAGGAUUUUCAAGACGAUGCCAAGAAGGGCCAACCGUGGCAGCGAUUUGAUAGGGACCGUGACCUGCAGACCACUCGACAGUUAUCACGGGAGGACUAUAAUAAACUGCUCCAGCAGACAAAGUUAAGCUCACGCUUCAACUCAUCCUGGCAGACGUCAUUUUUAUGA